CUGUCUUACUAUUCACUAACUAUCUUCUAGCAAAACAUUAAAUGACUUUCGAAUAAAAUGUUAGCACAAUUGAUUUAUAAGUACCUAUACAUUAUAGUACAAUUCAGUAUGUUUUUUCAUUCAGAUAUUACAUUCUUACUACAGCAUCGAUAGGUGCCUAAUUCGAUUGUUUAUAGUCAAAUAAUUUAAAUAUUAUUUAAACGUGUUUAAUAUUUAACUACUAAUCGUAAAAGCUAAAAAUAAAUGUGUGUCCUUAAAAGACAAUAAUUAUGUAAUUUUUACAACAUAGUAAAAUUUAAUACACGUCUCGUAAAUUUGAUGAUAUCAAGUGGAAACUGGAAUGUAGUGUAUUGGAACCUAUACAUACAGUUUGACGCUUUUCAAUCGGCCGGUUCGCCUUGUCCUUAUUCCAUAUAACUUACCAAACCUCGUCCAUGACCAUCUUCGUUUGGGAUAUUUCGUACGACGUUUACAUAUCAUAACAAUAAUAUUAUAUUGUACAGACGUACGGUCACAUUGUGUUUUUUAGACGAACACGAAUUGACUUCCACGCCGGCCGAUAAAUAGAUUUCAUAUCCGUCGGAACACAAUAUACACAACGCAGGAUGGCAGACGGCGAGGUGAAGUCAAAUAUUUUGACUUUGGCGUCGUUCUGGAUCUUGGGCCUUUGCAAUAACUUUGGAUACGUUGUGAUGUUGAGUAGCGCUCAUGACAUUUUAAAAUCCAAUUCAGCAGCACUGGGAGGUAACGAAACAGUCAGCAUUAGCUCCACUCAAGAUGUAUUCAAAAGAGAGUGUAAUUAUUUGUCCACCGGCGUUAUACUUUUGGCCGAUAUUAUGCCUGGACUGAUAAUCAAGAUUUUCUCACCAUUUUUCGGGUUAUAUAUCAACCGAAGACUAUCGUUGUGUAUUGCACUGACAACCGCUAGUUUUAUAACUGUGGCAAAAGCGGAUACUGAACUAGUUGCCGCCUUCGGUGUAGCACUGACAUCCAUGGCUUCAGGUCUAGGAGAAACAACACUUUUGUCUUACAUGGUCAACUAUGAACGAACUGUAAUUACAUCUUGGGCUUCUGGAACGGGUGCUGCUGGUAUAUUAGGAGCGUUGACUUAUGCGGGAUUAACAGGCGUUUUCCAUUUAUCUCCGUCCACGACGAUGUACUUAAUGCUUUCGGUACCAUUUUUAAUGGGCGUGUCAUUUUGGGUAUUAUUAGAACACCCGAAAAAAGAUGAAAUUCCAACGAUGCCUAGCAUUUCUCCAGAUCCAAGUACCAACAAUCAGAGUUUCUCGAAUAAGUUUUCGUACAUACCCAAAUUGUUGAAAUUUAUGAUUCCUUUAGGGUUAGUGUACUUCUUCGAGUAUUUAAUCAAUCAGGGAUUGUUCGAGUUGGUUUAUUUUGAAAAAAUAUGGCUGACACAUUCAGAACAAUACAGAUGGUACCAAGUCAUAUACCAGUUGGGCGUUUUCACUUCUAGAACUUCAGUAAGCCUGUUUCCGAUCGAAAAAAUUUGGAUCUUGACAAUAUUACAGGGUCUCAACGUCGUAUACUUUUUAAUCGAAACGCUGUAUUCUUUCACGCCAAAUAUAUACAUAAUAUUUGCGUUAAUAGGAUACGAAGGUUUAUUAGGUGGAGGAUCAUAUGCUAAUACGUAUCAUAAUAUCAUGAAAAAAGUUCCGAAGGAGCGCCAGGAAUAUGCAAUGGCCAUGACGUCACUUGCUGACGCGAUCGGUAUUUCUUUAUCUGGACUAUUGGCCAUUCCAUUACACAAUCAAAUUUGUAAAAUACCAAAAUGAGACUCUUGAAUUGACACUGAUCUAUAAAAAAAUAAGUGUUUUUCGUACUAGAAGAAUCAUUAAUUUUAGAAUGUUAAGUACUUAUGUUAAUUUUAAACAAAAAUUAUGUUGAUGUUACUCACUAUGACAUAAUAUCGUUUAACUCCUCACUAAGAUUACUGGUUUGAAUAUUAUCUGUAAGCAAACACGUAUAUUAUAAUAAUAUUGUAAUUUGUGAACGAAUUAUAUAGGAUAUUUGUACCUAAGUAGGUAGGUAUAUACGCCUAGUGCCUACCCAUGAGAAUGUCUUAAGUGUAAUAAUAAAUGAUAUUGUAAGAGUUUUAUAAAAAUGGAAACGUUUUGAUAAUAAUAAAUAAUAAUUUUUUGUAA